ACCGCCUUGCUGUCCUAACGCACAGAUGACAGCGUAACAGGGGCAGCAAGCUGUUCAGAAACCAAACACAGCCGCUUUGUUGAAUUGGAUCUGUUGCGACUGGACAUGAAUUCGGCGGAACAGACGGUUACAUGGUUGAUUACGCUCGGGGUGCUGGAAUCGCCGAAGAAGACCAUCUCGGAUCCUGAAGCAUUUCUGCAGACCUCCCUGAAAGAUGGGGUGGUCCUGUGCAGGCUGCUGGAGCGGCUCAGCCCGGGCUCCACGGAGAAAAUUUACCAAGAACCGAAGAACGACGGCGAGUGCCUGAACAACAUAAAGGAGUUUCUCAAGGGCUGCACAUCAUUCCGCGUCGAGCCGUUUGAGGCCAGUGACCUGCUGCUGGGACUGAACUUCUCAAAGGUGCUGAGCAGUCUGGUCGCUCUGAAUAAAGUGACAGCAGAUAUCGGCGUGGGCAGUGAUUCAGUGUGCGCCCGACACUCUUCAGCCCAUCGCAUCAAGUCGUUCGAGUCGCUGUCCUGUCAGGCUUCACUGGGCCGAUCCUCCAAGCUGCUGCAGAACCAGUUUCGCAGUCUGGACAUGUCCGAAAACAGUGGACAGCAGCUGCUGGUGAAGGCACGUUUCAACUUUCAGCAGACCAAUGAGGAUGAGCUCACCUUUACCAAGGGUGACAUCAUCGGCGUGACUCGCCAGGAGGAGGGCGGCUGGUGGGAGGGGAUGCUCAAUGGCAGGACUGGGUGGUUUCCUAGCAACUAUGUCCGUGAGAUCAAAGGCUCUGACAAACAAGUGUCCCCCAAGUCCGGCACUCUUAAGAGUCCACCUAAAGGCUUUGACACUUCUGCAAUCAGCAAGACGUACUAUAACUUGGUGUUGCAGAACAUCUUAGAAACAGAGACAGAAUAUUCCAAGGACCUUCAGAGCCUCCUGACGAACUACCUGCGACCUCUGCAGAGCAUCGACAAACUGAGCAGCUCAGACGUGGCUCUGAUUCUGGGCAACCUUGAGGAGAUCAGUACCUUCCAGCAGAUGCUCGUCCAAUCACUGGAGGAGUGUACCAAGCUUCCAGAGAGCCAGCAAAGGGUGGGAGGCUUCUUCCUCAACCUCAUGCCACAGAUGAAGGCUCUUUAUGCCGGUUACUGCUCCAACCACCCCUCUGCAGUGAAUGUGCUCACCCAGCACGGGGAAGUGUUGGGGGAAUUCAUGGAGGGGAGGGGAGCAGUCAGUCCUGGGAUCCUCACACUGACCACGGGCCUCAGUAAACCCUUCAUGAGACUCGACAAAUACCCCACCUUGCUCAAAGAACUGGAGAGGCACAUGGAGGAGAGUCAUCCUGACCGGCCAGACAUUCAGAAGUGCAUGGCAUCUUUUAAAAAUCUCUCUGCUCAGUGCCAGGAGGUGCGGAAGCGUAAGGAGCUGGAGCUGCAGAUCCUCACCGAGUCCAUCCGGCUGUGGGAGGGGGAUGACAUUAAGACCCUGGGCUCUGUGCUCUACAUGAGCCAGGUCUUAGUCCAGAGUCCUGGCUCAGAGGAGAAGAGUGAGCGGUACCUCAUGCUCUUCCCUCACGUUCUCCUCAUGUUGUCUGCCAGCCCGAGGAUGAGUGGUUUUAUAUUCCAGGGAAAAUUGCCCCUGGCCAGCAUGACAGUGACCAAAUUAGAAGACUGUGAAGCCCAUAAAAACGCGUUUGAGCUCAAUGGUACAAUGUUUGAGCGUCUCCAGGUGGUGUGCACGCACCAGCAGGACCUGCAGGACUGGGUGGAGCACCUGACCAGACAGAUCAAACACACUGCAGCCACGGCACCCAGCCACAAACCACUCACUGUUCCCUGCCACACGCUCCCAUCUCACCCUCUCACACCUUCCCGGCAUGCUGAGGGGAGGGCCAUGACAGUGGCUCCCACCUACCACACCCUGCCUCAUCCCUCCUCUCAUGGGACGUCUCUGUCCAGCACCAUGAUGUGGGGCCCACUGGAACCACCCAACACCCCCAAACCCUGGAGCCUGAGCUGUCUGCGGCCCGCGCCCCCUCUACGGCCCUCUGCAGCCCUCUGCUACAAGGAAGAUCUUAGUAAAAGUCCCAAGAGUGUGAAGAAACUCCUUCCUAAGCGCAAGCCUGAGAGGAAGCAGUCUGAGGAGGAAUUUGCCUUGAGGAAGAGUACAGCUGCUCUGGAAGAAGAUGCCCAGAUACUGAAAGUUAUAGAGGCUUACUGCACCAGCGCCAAAACCAGGCAGACUCUGAACUCCACCUGGCAGGGCACUGACCUGAUGCACAACCACGUGCUGGCCGACGUGGACCGGUCCUGUAUGGACUCGCCGGGCCGCCGUAGCAGCGUGUCACGGCCAGAAUUGUCCUCUGACCUUUCGGAGGACUCUGACUAUGACUCCAUCUGGACCACCCACAGUUACAGGAUGGGUUCGGUGCCGCGGCCGCGAACAGAAACAGGGCUGCAUGUGAUCAUCCCUGGUGAGAAGAAAGUCCUGGUGGAGAGUCCCAGUCGCAACGGACAAAGUGCAGCAGAAGAAAAGAGCCUGGUGGACGUGGUGUAUGCCCUGAGGGAUGAGGUUCAAGAGCUGAAACAGGAUAACAAGAAGAUGAAGAGGUCACUGGAGGAGGAGCAGAGAGCACGGAAGGAUCUGGAAAAGGUUGUUAGGAGGGUGCUGAAGAGCAUGAAUGACCCAACAUGGGACGAGACAAACCUCUGAGGAUCUCGUGCGCCGUCUCCAUCUGAAGCUUUGAAAAGAGGAAGAAAGGGCACGUAGAUGUGUGGGCUUGCAGAGUGUAUGAAACGCACACGAUCACACACAUAAUUUGAGGUUGGCUGUGUGACUGAGAGAAGGAGAGUGUAUCUGUAAGCAGGUAGUUUGCUCUAAGAGGAGGGUCACUACUGCCCCACUGGUGGAAAGACAGGAGCCACUGGGACGUGAUGCUGAACAGGCUCGACCAUCGUAUCAUAUUCCAUGAUAACAUUCCUUAAACACCAAGCACGAUGGAGAGGAGAUCACACACUUCACCCCCAGUGUGGCCAUCACUUCGACAUCCGUCCUCAGUGUCUUUGGCCUUGUUCAUUGUGGCUGCAAGACAAGUCGAGAGAAGCCCUCUCCCUCUGUUUACAAUCAUUUAAUGAUCUGCUCUAUAAUGGUACAUCAAUGGUACUUUAAUGGUCACAAAGUCUGAACUUGAACCAUUUCAUAACCUCUUAUGUUAUUUAAUUUUUUAUUAAUUGAUUUUGUUUGGCCUCUUUCCCCGACACAGGCUUAGUCUGGUGUUUUUAGCCUGAAGUUAAGAUCGUGCCUGGAAGCUCAUCUUUUGUGUCUGUUGUUUUUUUUCCCUCCUCACGGUUUGACUUCCUUUCUAGGCAUCCUAGGGAGUUGUACAGAUAUUGAACUUGUACUGUAUAAUGUAAAUACUGCUAAAAGAUGAGCCUUUGAAAUAAAUGUGGUUUUA